AUGCGCGGUGACAUCCUUUGGCUGUUGGCUGCAAUAACGCUAACGGCGAACAGCGUUACUGCUUUUUCCAACAAUUCUAAUGCAAUCUACACCUGGGAGGGAGGCCGUAUAGAAUGGCCUUGUCCAACAACCAAGCGGUUGGUUAAGGCUGCCGACAAGUACACUCCGAGGGACAUUAUUGCAAUGGCUUGUGUUCGAAGUUGUGAUAAGACCUUAUGUGCGAUGCCACGAUAUAGGAACAGCAUUCCGAUAACAUUAGGUCAGAUUUAUGCUACUAAGAAGGGAUGUGACGUCAAGUUUGAGCCUUUCCCCUGUUGGACUGAGCAGGAGGAAAAUAACUGCAAUUCCCUUCAAUCGGUCAUUGAUAUCGUUGCAACGGGAAAUUACGUAUGGUGUUUGGAUAAUGGUAUACUUCAAGCGCUGAGAAGCCCAAUCCAACGAUGUCAUGCCAAGAUUGUAGUGUAUGAUGCCAAAUUGGGUAAAAAGAUGAAAACGAUCAAUCUCAGUAGAUACGUGACGGAAAAGUCACGACUGCAGUACAUGCAGGUUGAAUGCACGAAGGAUGGUCAGUGCUUCGUGUACGUGAGCGAUGCUGGAAACAAUGCCAUCAUAGUCUACGAUGCUUCCGGAGGUUGUGGCUAUCGUGUGGUGCUGCCGAAGGCCGUCCAUCAUGGUUGUCGAUUCCGAGAUGUUUUGUACAUAUUUCUGUCAUAUCACAAGACUGGAACAAAGCUGUACUUCACCUAUCUAGGAGGUCGACGAUUGUUCGCCAUCCGUACCGAUCAUCUACGGGGUGGUCGUGGUGGAAACAUUGAAGACAUUGGAGAAAAACCAGGCUCUUACAUCUACAUUGGAGGGGAUGGUGCAACGGGUGUAUUCUUCCGCGAGGAAGGUGACAGCAACGUGCACUACUGGGACACAAGACAGUCCCUUAAGAAGUCCAACUUCAAGUUAGUGUUCAAGAGUAGCGAAGGUCUGUAUGCCACAGAUGUGUUCCCGGAUCACGAAAUCAAUCGAUUUUUGAUUUUGGAAUCCGAUUUUCCUGGUUAUAUGGAAGAGAAAGCCGGAUGUGGAACGUUACAUCAAAUCUCUCUGUUGGAUGGAUCUACAUGUUAG